UGGCUCAAUUCAAUUCAAGCAAGUGAACUGAAAACGUCGAAAGACAAAAGCGAAAUACAAACAAGCGACUAGCUGAACAAGCUACAAUACAAGAACUGAAUAAUUUGAAACCAAGUAAAGUCGAAUUAAUCUGAAAAGUUAAAGAAAGUUAAAAAAGAAGUAAAUAGUAUAGUAUUUAAAGAAAGAGAAAGAGGAAAUCCAUUUCCACAACAACUAGAAGUUGAACAACAACAGAAGAGAAGAGAAGGAGAACAUAGAACACAGAACAAACAGAAUGCCAGCUAUUGGAAUUGAUUUGGGCACCACGUACUCUUGCGUGGGUGUCUACCAGCAUGGCAAGGUGGAGAUCAUUGCCAAUGACCAAGGCAACAGAACGACGCCCAGCUAUGUGGCUUUCACAGACUCGGAGCGUCUGAUUGGUGACGCGGCCAAGAACCAGGUGGCGAUGAACCCCAAGAACACAGUAUUCGAUGCGAAGCGUCUGAUUGGUCGCAAGUACGACGAUCCGAAAAUAGCAGAGGACAUCAAGCACUGGCCCUUUAAGGUAGUCAGCGAAGGUGGCAAGCCCAAGAUUGGCGUCGAGUUUAAGGGAGAGCAGAAGCGCUUUGCACCCGAGGAGAUCAGCUCAAUGGUGCUAUCGAAGAUGAAGGAGACAGCCGAGGCGUAUCUGGGCCAGCCCGUCACAGACGCAGUCAUCACAGUACCCGCCUACUUCAACGACUCGCAGCGCCAAGCCACCAAAGACGCAGGCCACAUAGCCGGCCUGAACGUGCUGAGGAUAAUCAACGAGCCGACGGCGGCGGCACUGGCCUAUGGCCUCGACAAGAAUCUGAAGGGAGAGCGCAAUGUGCUCAUCUUCGAUCUGGGUGGCGGCACCUUUGAUGUAUCCAUUUUGACCAUCGACGAGGGUUCGCUGUUCGAGGUGCGAGCUACGGCCGGUGACACACAUUUGGGCGGCGAGGACUUCGACAACAGACUGGUCACCCAUCUGGCGGAGGAGUUCAAGCGAAAGUACAAGAAGGAUUUGCGCUCUAAUCCUCGUGCUCUGCGUCGCCUGCGCACUGCGGCGGAGCGAGCCAAGCGCACGCUCUCGUCCAGCACAGAGGCGACAAUUGAGGUGGAUGCGUUGUUUGAGGGCCACGACUUCUACACAAAGGUGAGCCGAGCGAGAUUCGAGGAGCUGUGCGCCGAUCUGUUCCGCAACACACUGGCGCCAGUGGAGAAGGCACUGAACGAUGCCAAAAUGGACAAACAGCAGAUCCACGACAUUGUGCUAGUCGGCGGCUCGACGCGCAUUCCAAAGGUGCAGAACUUGUUGCAACAGUUCUUCUGCGGCAAGAGCCUGAACCUUUCCAUCAACCCCGACGAGGCGGUGGCCUACGGUGCAGCCGUCCAAGCAGCUAUACUCAGCGGCGACCAGAGCGGCAAGAUCCAGGACGUGCUGCUAGUGGACGUGGCUCCCCUUUCGCUGGGCAUCGAGACGGCAGGCGGCGUCAUGACCAAGCUGAUUGAGCGCAACUCGCGCAUCCCGUGCAAGCAGACGAAGACCUUUUCGACGUACUCGGACAACCAGCCAGGUGUCUCUAUUCAGGUGUUCGAGGGCGAGCGCGCCCUUACGCGAGACAACAAUGCUCUGGGCACCUUCGAUUUGUCAGGCAUUCCGCCAGCACCGCGCGGCGUGCCCCAGAUCGAGGUCACCUUCGACAUGGACGCCAAUGGUAUCCUGAACGUAUCAGCCAAAGAGAUGAGCACCGGCAAAGCCAAGAACAUUACCAUCAAGAACGACAAGGGCCGGCUCUCGCAGGCAGAGAUCGAUCGCAUGGUAAACGAGGCCGAGCGCUACGCCGACGAGGAUGAGAAGCAGCGCCAACGCAUCUCGGCUCGCAAUAGCCUCGAGAGUUACGUGUUCGGCGUCAAGCAGGCCGUGGAGCAGGCCACUCCCGACAAGCUGAGUGAGAGCGAGAAAUCUUCUGUACUCGAGAAGUGCGACGAGACGGUCAAGUGGCUGGACGCCAACACGACAGCCGACAAGGACGAGUACGAGUACAAACUGAAGGAACUUACGCAGCACUGUUCCCCAAUUAUGACCAAGAUGCACCAACAAGGUCAGCCACAGAGCAACAACGCCAACUGUGGCCAGCAGGCGGGCGGCUUUGGUGGUGCGGGCUACAAAGGACCCACCGUGGAGGAGGUCGACUAAAGUCAUUCCCAGCCA